UCUGAUUGGCUGAUCAUGGGCAGCCUGAGUACAACCCACCCUUGUGAAGAACACACUACCAGAGUGUAUAAAAGGAACCCGUGCUUAGAUAAUCCAAACACAGUCUGUGAGGAUCUGGAGAGCAUCAGUUUAUUCCAACUCUACUACAUCACUCUCCUUCUCAGCAUCGCCAACAUGACCUCCAGCCUGUCCGUGCGAGCAUCAACAGGCCGCCAGCCUUCCUUCUCCAGCCUCUCGUUGAGAGACAGUGGGACACGUGGCCGCUCUAAAGCACCAGUGUCCCUCUCAUCUGCCAGCACACUGUCUCUCUCCCGCUCCGUCUCCAUGGGCAACGGCCUCAAUAUCCUGAAAAAUCUGUCUCUGAACGGCCUGGCUGUGGGCGCCAGCGAGAAGGAGACCAUGCAGGGUCUGAACGACCGGCUGGCCAGCUAUCUCAACAAGGUGCGCUCCCUGGAGAAGUCCAACGCCGACCUGGAGCAGAAAAUCAAGCAGCUGAUGCUGGAUAGAGCACCUAAGGGUCAUGACAUCGAGGGCAUAAUGGCUCAGGCUCAUGCUAUUGGGCAAGAGGUGAGGAAAAAGACCCUGGAGAAUGCUCGCAUAAUGCUGGAAAUUGACAAUGCCAAGCUGGCAGCUGAUGACUUCAGGAUUAAAUGGGAAGCAGAAGCGGCUCUUUGUCAGUCAGUAGAGAGAGACUGUGUCGCUCUGCGCAGAGCCAAAUCAGACCAUGACCAGAUCAUCACCACCCUCCGAAGUGACCUGGACAGCCUGAAAGAGGAGCUGUACUUCCUGAAGAAGAACCACGAUGAGGAGAUGAGCUCACUGAAGGCCCGUUUGGCCAAUGAGCAGGUGAACGUGGAAGUGGAUGCAACCCAGGGGCCAGACCUAGGCGCCAUCAUGGCUGAACUGAGGGCCCAGUAUGAGGGCAUCGCUCGCAAGAACAAAGAAGACGCCGAGAUGUGGUACCUGAAGAAGCUGGAGGCAGUUCAGUCUGAGGUGAAGGAGAGUAAUGAAGCUCUAAGGUGUGCUCAGAGCGAGCUCAAUGAAAGACGCCGCUUUCUGCAAGGUCUUGAAGUAGAGCUGGACAGCCUACGCAAGCAGGUAGGUGUUCUGGAGGGGAACCUUGGGGAAACAAAUCAUAAGUACGCCACCGAGAUGGAGCACAUGCAGGUCACCCUGACACAGCUGGAGGACGAACUGUCACAGCUACGUCUGGACAUGCAGCGCAUCAAAACUGAAUACGAACAGCUACUGCGAGUCAAACAGAACCUAGAGCUGGAGAUCGCCACCUACAGGAGGCUGCUGGAAGGAGAGGAGGUGGUGAAAGAGGUAGCAACUCCUAAAAAACAGCCUGAAGUAAGAACACGGAAGAUCGUGAAGGUGGUCACCCAGACUAUGGUCAACGGCAAAGUGGUGGAUGAGUCCAGUGAGGUGGAGCAGAUUGAGGAGCGUAAGAAGUGAGUCCUGCGCUCCUUCAUUACCGUACUUCUCCAUCAACCACAUCUCCAUGAAGAAAAAACACAUUUCCUGUUAAACAGCACCAAAACAAUGUGUAUAACAGUAGACUCAGGUACACUAUCUGUGAAACAAUCUGUGCAGGCUAUAAAUAAUAAUAAAUACGAUGAUGAGGUGGAUAUUGGCAAGACGCCAGUAUCAGUGCAAUUUGUUUACUGUUUGAAUGUGAAGUAAAUAAACAUACUUGUGUUCGAGAUU